UAUUGGUGCAUACUUUAUUUUUACUUACCAACAUUAUAGAUUUAAAAUUUUCUAUCUAUGUUUUAUAUAUCAUUCGUUUUAUUUUAGUCCUAUCGAACAACGAUAUGUUAUUUGAACAAAUGACUUUAUCAAUUGCAAGUAAUAUGGAAUCAAGGAAUGAUAUAGUUAGGGCCCAUAAAUUAUUUUCCGCCCCGGACCCCUAAUAUCUCAAGGCGGGCCCUGAUUCUAAGUUCAAGUUUUAAAAAUAAUGAAAUGAAGGCAAAUUGAGAUGGAUUUAAAGUAGUUGAGAUAGUUGUGAAGAAGGUAAAAUGAGUAUGAAAUAAUAAUAAUGAUAGAAAAGAAGAUGAUUUCCCUAAUUAUGGAGGUAAUACAUUCCCCCACCCUCCCCUAGGAUAAAUACUUACCCCACAAAAUUGAGAGCUUCAUUUAUUUUUCAUCACUUUGUAACCAUUUUUCCACCACUACAACAAUCAAAUUUCACUUUGAUUUUUUUCGCCCUCGUAAAUAUUUACACCUAGUCCAAACAUACCCUAAGUGUAGAAUUACAUUAUCGCAGCAUCUGCCAGAAAUGACAAUAUAGAUGCCCGACUGUUAUGAAUAGUGUCAUGAAUGGUGUGGCUUGAGUGCAUAAUUAAUGUGUGCAUUCAUGUGUGACUUUUAGGAUGGAAUCCAAGAGUGUGUUAAUGUGGGUGUAUUAAGUUGAGUCUUGAUGAUUAUGGUUUAUGAUGAUGAUUAUGGUUUAUGAUGGUGAUUAAAAGUAUGGAUUAAUGAGGUAAUGAAGUGUGAGUUAAUCAUAGGAGUUAUGGGACUUAAUAAAGAAGUGCAAAGGUUUAAUUCAAGAUGCUCCACUAUGCAAGUCGAGCAAUGCUGUCAUAAGCUCUCUGAAGUGCCGCUCGACCAGCUCGCUCGGACGAGCGAGCUUUAGGGUCGGUCGAGCGAGCAUACAGAAUGCAACCAGAAUCUUUUUUGACUCGAUCGAGCGAGCCCCUGUCUUGGUCGAGCGAAGUCUCUCAUGCUCCUAGGAUGCUGUUUUUUGACUCUUUAAGUACUUGGGGCUGUUUCAUUAUCAUUUUUAUUCAUAAUUUUAAUGUACUUAAUGCUACUUAGUGUGAUAUCUCUAAUAAAUAGAGAACUCUCAUACACACAUAAGUUACAUCAAACACAACCCCUAAGCCAAACACAUAGCCUUUUGAUUUUAUCUCUUACUCAAUUGUAAUACUUCAUUUGUAAGAGUGUUUUAUACUUCUUUGAUAUAAUAUAAACAAGAAACUACACACGGCGGAGGACUUAGCUAUCAUUGGGUGAACCUCCUUAAAUAUUUGUGUCUCUUUGCAAGUUUUACAUUAUCAAUCAUUUGUUUAGUUCAUUGUUAUUAUUAUCAUUCAUCAAAGUUCUUAACAUCGUAUCGAUUUUGGCAAUUAUAUCACCGACCUUCAUCGAGCAUUUCAUGUCUAGCAGCUUUUUGCAUUUGCUAGGUUACAUUGUAAGGUAUUCGUUCCCUUACCUAUCUAAAUUCCUAAUAAGGUCUUUUGUCCGUCCCAUACUACCUAUUUAUUGAUCUACCAAUAAGCAAAAACCAGGGCCGACUCAACCACAUGAGCAGCAUGAACAAUGACUCAGAGCUUCGUUAUUUUGAGGGCCCAAUUGAAAGAGAUUGGUGAAUAGUGACAAAUAUAAAUUGAACAAGUAAAACGAAUAGAAGGAAGUAAUAAAUAAAUUAUUGUGUCUACAUAUUUUAAAAUCAAUGUCGUAAAAAUAACUUAUUUAUUGUUUUACUUUAUUUUAAUCAAAGAUUUAAUCAAUUAUGAAAAAUAUUUUUUUCAUUAAUCGAAAAUUAGGGAUUCCUUAAGAGUUGGAACAAGAACAAUUAAACAAGUCAAUCAAAACUAUACAUAAUCAGAAUUGCUAAUCAGUUUUAAUAAUUUAGAUUUGUAUACAUAGACAAUCUAAAUGAAACUCAUACACGCAUAGUGGGUUGUAUCUUGACAAUUGAGUUAUCAUAUUUAGCUCUAAUAUUAGUCAUAAAUUAUUCAUUUCAAAUAACUCUCCUAGUAGAACGGUGACGGGUUCUACUAGGAGGGCUAGGCAGGAAGAGGCUGCCAGACACAGUGAGGCUCAACGGUCGAGUACGCUGAACCAAGUGCGUACUCGUUUUGAUGACCAAGCUAGCAGACUCCAGAGUAGUUGGGGGGUUUUUAGUGAUGAUAAUGAUGCUGAUGAUGUUCAGUUCCAAGGUCCUGAUCUUCGCCCAGCGGACUGGACUGUUGUCCGGGGGCCCGACGGGAGAUUCGCACAUGCCAGCCCUAGUUCUUCAGGGGCAUCUGAGCGUGCCGGACAUAGUCUCAUUGAUAAUGAGCCGCCACGGAGGAGUCCGCUGGAACGGACUGGUUGGUCACAUCGCCCCAGCCCGGGGGGCCCACAGAUAAGCGCCUGAUACCCAGUUAUGGCAGGCACAUAGCUAAAGUUAUUUUUGACGGCUCUAAGCGUACGUCUCCGGUUCUGGAAUGCCGUAGUAGAAAGAAGCCAUUGGAGGGGAUCAUCGGACUGCGGGACCGAUGCGCUUUACGAUGUUCUACCUGCUACUCCCCUCGGUCGGCUAUCGUACGUCAUGCACCAGCACAUCGACUGUGCUUUGAUAUCGACCUUCGUGGAGAGGUGGUAGCCGGAUACGAACACCUUCCACAUGCCAUGGGGGGAGAUGACGAUUAUGUUGCACGAGGUGCAACGCAUAUUUUGCAUAGGUAUUGAAGGUUCUCUACCGGCUGAGCCUUCUGAGGGGGAGUGGCAGAACGGUAUUACUAAUCUGUUUGGGGAGCCCAUGUCCGAGCUACGACAGAAAGGGAUAUUCACCAGCGGCUGCGUCAACGUUGCUGAAGUGAUGCAGUUGUGUCAUCGGUUCCAGGCUAUGGAUACCCAGUCGACAGCCUACUACAUGGCUAUUGUCGGCUCUACCCUGCUGGUGGAUAAGACCAGAACCGGCAUGCGACCUCACCCGAUACUUGUCGUCAACGUCGAUCAGGAUGAGAUCGCCUGGGGUGCGGUGACGCUGGCCUACAUGUAUCGCCAACUGGGAAUGGCAUCUAGGGCUGGUUGCAAGACCAUUGCGGGUUGCCUCACAUUGCUCCAGACAUGGAUCUACGAGUACUUUUCCGCCUUCCGCCCUCAUCCUCGCCGAGCAGAUGUGCCUAAUAAGACUAGGGCGGAGAUGUGGUCCACGCCCAAGCCAGGUCGUGAGAUCAACAGGCUGAGGGACUGCAGGAGUAUACUGGACUCCAUGACGGAGACUCAGGUGGAAUGGACUCCGUACAUGACUUCUCCAAGGGCAUUGCUGAAUGAGUACCCACGCACCACCUUCAUUGGGGGUAUCACUUGCUUUGAUAUCGUCGAGGUGUAUUUGACGGAGAGGACAGUGCGACAGGUCGGCUUUGUGCAGGCUAUUCUCCCCCUCCUCUGAGACCAGCCCAGGCUAUACGAUCGGCACACGGUACCUACUCCGUGACCUUUGCUUCUCCGCCUGUGUACUUGGAGGCAUGGAGUAGGUUCCUUUAUAGUGCCUGCCUUAGUGAUCAGGCACUUCGUCGGGCAUCUGUUCCAUCAGAGGCUGAUCCUAGUUACGUUGACUGGUUCAGAGUGUGCUCCCACCCAUACAUCGUCCGCGGCGAAGGACCAAGUGCCGGUUUUGGUCCAGCUGAAAGCAGAUUGAGAUACGUUAGUUUUUUGAAUUUAUUUGUUUUCUAUUAUGUCGUUGUGUAAUUUAGAUGCUGUUUAAUAUCUUAUUCACACCCUUUUUCUUUUUUUUUUUUAGUUUCUGAAUGAAUGGCCGAGUCAAGUCGCUCUAUUGGCGAGACACCCUCCUGUUGCGGAAAUGACCU